UUUCCACCAAUCAUACAAGGACUAUAUUGACCACAGAACUGUCUACUCUGCAGUAGAUACAGCCACAGCACAAAUGAGGAAGUGACAGAUGAGAAGUGACAUUCACAAGACAUUUUGCUGACGAAGACUGGUCAACACACUUUUCACCAGAACGAUUGUUCAGGUCGACUAGAGAAAAUUAACUGUCUUUAUUUCUGACAUGAAGACGCAAAUAUGGAAUAUCUUCUAUCUGACAAUGGUCUACCUAUGGAAUGGACCUCUACCUGCAGAGAGUGCCCAGAUCAGACUGGUCAAUGGUCUCUGCUCUGGGAGAGUGGAGAUCUAUCACAACAGCCAGUGGGGAACAGUGUGUGAUGACGACUGGGAUAUGAAUGAUGCUAAGGUGGUCUGUAAACAGCUGGGCUGUGGGAGUGCUAUGAGUUCCCCAGGGUCUGCCCACUUUGGCCAGGGCAGUGGGCAGAUCUGGAUGGAUGAUAUUACAUGCUUGGGUAGUGAAAGCACACUCACACAGUGCUCACACACUACAACACAUAACUGCAAGCAUGGUGAAGAUGCCGGUGUUGUCUGUUCAGGUGUCCAGGUCAGGCUGGUCAAUGGUUCUGGUCUCUGCUCUGGGAGAGUGGAGAUCUAUUACAAUGGCCAGUGGGGAACAGUGUGUGAUGACGACUGGGAUAUGAAUGAUGCUAAGGUGGUCUGUAAACAGCUGGGCUGUGGGAGUGCUAUGAGUUCCCCAGGGUCUGCCCGCUUUGGCCAGGGCAGUGGGCAGAUCUGGAUGGAUGAUAUUAAAUGCUCGGGUAGUGAAAGCACACUCACACAGUGCUCACACACUACAAAACAUAACUGCAAUCAUGGUGAAGAUGCCGGUGUUGUCUGCCUCUCAGGUUUAACUCUAAGGAUGCCUAUCCUCUCUACAACACCUUCCCACUCAGCUUUUUCACCUGGUGAAAAGGUUCAGUUCAUCUGCUCUGUCCCACAGCGAAUUUCCAUCACUGCAACAUUUGACUUAUAUAUGGGAGGAUCUUCAAUAAUGACCCAGGCAGUUGAAUCCACUCAGACCAGGGUGAUUUUCACAUUGUCCAGUCUGCAAUCUGCACACCAGGGAAGGUACAGUUGUCGACAACAGAUAACCCAGAAUGGUCAGAAUAUUAUCAGCUCUUCUUCAAGCAACUCCAUGGACAUCACUAUUGUCGUCUUGUUACAGCCCAACAUCUCUCUCAGUGCUCCAAAUGGAGGGAUGUUCUGGGGACUUCAGGGGCCAGAGGUGACCAGGGGCCACAGCUUCUCCAUCACCUGCUCUAUUCAGCCACAGUAUCCUGGAGGCCUCUUCUAUCUGGACUUCUCUGGGUCUAACAGGACUGAAACUAAGCCAGCAGUCAACCACUCUGCCUCCUUUCACUUUCCUGUUGCGGAGUAUACAGACCAGGGGAACUACAGUUGUGUUUAUGAAGUUAAUGUCACCACCCUGCCAUUCCAUUCUAUCAAGACAGAGUUGCUGACAGUCAGCAUUCGAGCAUCCAUAGUCCCCAUUAUUGCCUCUGGUGCAAUAGGUGGGCUACUGCUCCUCCUGCUGCUGCUCAUUCCUUGUCUAGUCUGGAGGAAGAUAAGCAGCAGAGAGCAGUCUAUUAUGAGAAACCUGAGAGAAACUGCCAAUAACAUUAGCACAUAUGGAAACACUGUGGUUGCAGCGAGUGAGGAAAAUGAUGAAGAGGACUAUGUCAACGUAGAAACCUUUGUCAACAAGAGCAAAGAUGAAGACUUGAAAAAAGGAUGCCAUGCAGAAAUGUAUGUGAAAAAGGAGUUGAUUAUGACUAAAAAUAAUGAGAAUGCUCCAGGAGCCAUGAACAAGUUUGGAAACAACCAAGGUGAAGGGCCAGAGGCAAGUGAGGAAGAUGAGGCCGACUAUGAAAAUCAGGAUAUCUUCACAGAGAGGGCUUUUGCUGAAGAUUUCUACGAAGACAGUGAGUCUUUAGACCUGGAGCAGCUCACUUCAUAUAAAGCUGGAAGGGAGAAUGACUAUGAAGAAGAUGACAACAUAUACGCAAACUAUGAGUGAAGGCCUUGUAAUACAGAUAUGCAGAUAUAUAGAUGCCAGGAGAGGCAUGAAAGGUUAGCUUUGUGAGUUGAAUUAUAAGGGCUUAAAACAACCACUUUUUUUAUCAAAAUGUUCACUUAGUAGAUACGAGUAAAGGCUUUGUUUGAAUAUGAAUUAGAAUUUCUAUGUAAAUAGUUUGGGUGUUUGAUUUCUAGUUGUAUUGUUGCCAGGUAAUUGUAUGAGUUUUCAGACUUGACUUUGGUAUAUUUUUUAAUAAUGACAUUAAAUUAUGACAUUAUUUAUUUCAGUUUAAAAACAGUGAUUGUGUUGAUGAAUUGGCAUAAUCUAUUAUUACAUUUUAUCUAAUCUAUUAUUACAUUUUUUAAAGGAAAUAUAUUAAUAUUUCUCUUCUAUAAGGUUCAGUGUGCUGUCAAGGAGUUGUGCUGUCAAAAAAUAGUCUGUAGCAAUGACUGGUUGUGAUGUGCUAAACUUGAGAUCUACAGUAUGACAAACUGUAAAAAAAACAUUUGUUUAUUUUUCAGUUUAUUUUUGUAUCGCAUUAAAUUUCACAGUCCAAUAAAUAUGUGGCACGAAACCGA